UAUUACAUAUUUUAUAUUAUAUUAUAAAUUUAUAUGUGCAUAAAUAAUAAUUAGAUAAAAUAUAAUACUAUAAAAUACAGUGGCUAUAAAAAGGAUAUAAUUUAAAAAAAUAAUAUUUAUAAUUUAUUUAUUAUUUUAUUUACCAGGAUUUUUACCCCCUUGCCAACUUUUAGAGACUUUAAAACUUUUAUAUGUAAAUUACCUAAGUUAUGACUGGCUAACCAUACAGUGUGUUAAUUUCAUCUUGGUUCUGACAUAAUAUCCUGAUCAACCAGCUUUUGCGGUCUACAGUAGUUUCAGAAAACCCUUAUUUCCAUUUUGUCCUUUAAAACAUGGUGUCAGGUGAUUGUCUAAUGAUUCAUGGCGCUGCUUAAUGAAUAUUAAUACGCAGUAACCUCUGGCGUGGGGAGAGGAACACAUUGUAUUUGGAGGAGUACAGGUGUCAUGCUGAGCUGACAGCCACUCACAGAAUAAGAAACAAGCUCCUCACAGCAUGAGCACAAACCAUUAGCACUCCCUGCUCUUCAUCUGCAGUAUCGAUCUAUCACAGCCUUUCAGGAAACAGGAUGGUGCUCUUUUAGCACAAAACAGCUAGAAAGCAAAUCGAAUGUGCAGAAACUAAUUUGAUGUUUUGCUAGUAAAUACAAGUGGUGUUUGACUUUAUAGUGACACUUGUAUCUGCAUAAAUGCUUUCUGUUUAGCAACUAUGAAGUUGCCAGGCAGGAUCUGUGUUGUGGAAACCCAAGGUCAGGUUGCAAACACAGUCAGAGCUGUCCCUUCAUUCAGUUGUUUAAUAUUCCUGUCCAGCCUCAUGCAGAACUCAGAGGAACCACCGAAUGAACCUGCGAGUGCACAGAUGGAAAGGGGUUCGUAUGAUUUGCCGUCACAUGACGCUCUCUCAAAAAUCCUGCCAGAGUAUCUUCACCUCCUCAAAAAGCCUCAAACUCAGACCAGGACAGAAUCUGUACCUCUUAAAAAGUCAAAGUCUCAGCUCAACCGAACGUUUGAUGUUCAAUCACCGCUCAAAAGUCCACCAAUGCCUGAUUUCCAAGAUGACCCUCACGCAGGUGAAGUCACCGAACAUCAAACUAAAGAGCUGGAAAACUACCGUGUGGCGAUGCAUAAGAUGGCGGAUGACAUCCUGGCGCUUCGCUCUCAGGUGAGCACGCUGGAGUGUGAGAAGAGUCAGCUGCGCCGGGAUCUGUCUCGACAUCAGGACCUGCUGGACGACACCGACACUGACGUCAUGACCACGAGCGAGAUGGCUGACCGGAUCGCCUCUCUGAAGUUCAAGCUGUCCAGUGAAAGCAGCAAAGCAGCCGCCCAGAAGGACAGAAUCCAACAGCUCCAAAACGAGCUCAUCAGGAAGAACGAUAUUGAGAAAGAGUUUGUCCAGCUGCAAAGAGCUCAUCAGCAGCAGCAGGCUGUGCUAAAGAAAUAUCAGGCCCGGAGUGCUAAAAUAUCAGCCCUGGAGGAUACAGUUCGCCAACAGGAAAAGGUCAUUGAGAAGAUGGAGAAAAUAUUGGAUGCAAAACUAAAGGAAAGAAAUAAAGAGAAUUCAGAAAAGAAUAAAUUUGCUGUGAAACAUAAAGAUGCAGAGGAGCUCAAGAGGAGAGAGAUCGAGUCUGUGCUGGCGGCAGAAAACUCUCGACUCAGAGAAGAGCUGCACAGAAUGCGUAAUCUCCCACCAGCUGUUAUCAUUCAGCAGCCUGUGCAGACCCAUCAGCCUUUCUCAGACAGUGAGAAGCUGGAGUUAUUGACACAGCUGGCGAGAGCCGAGGGUCGAAUCCAGACACUGGAACAACAGCUGAAAGAAAACUCCAGACAGUGGGGGAAAGAGAAACAAGAGAUGUUGACCAGACUCAGUGAAUAUGAACAUGGGUUCACUCGAACAUCAACCAUGAUGAUUCAUGAUCUACCCAUGAAAAGUGUGACUGAUUCUGUAUUGGGACAUACUCGACACAGGCAACUGGAACCUCUUAAGUGACCACAUCCCAUCAGUGUUAGUAAAUUACAUUAAUAGUAAUGACAUUUUUUAUUUUAUUUUAUUAAUUCAUUACAUUGCAGAAAAUCUUGGAAUUUUUAUAUUAUAUAGCUAUAUUACAGUGGGGUGAAAAAUCGAUUUACCUGUAUAUUUGAAUUGCGAUUCGCAUCAAUUCACAAAUAAAAAACAACAACAACAACUAUUUUCAAGUUAUUUAAAAACUAAUAAUAACUAAUUGAUAUUAAAAAAUAAUAACAUGCUGUUGGAAACCAAAAAUGCAAAACCCCUCUGCAAGAGUGGUGUAGUCAGAAAAGCACAGAAACGCACAACGUGUUCGACGGAACGCUAAAGGGAAAUGGUUAGCCAUUGCUAACGGUUGUCUUUUACAUUAGAGUUGGCCUACAUGAAAGGACACUUACCACAUAAACAGAGUAAAGAAUGAUGACUGAUGAUUUGCAGAUCCUGAGCAUAAUUUCAUAAAACUUGUGGUAAACACCGUCGUUCUGUAUUAUGCACAGUAUGUGUGAUCGCGAAAUCUCGAAGGUAAAAAGUGAGCAUGCAUUCAAAUGCGAUGGCUUCCUGAUACUAAUUCUGUGAAAUAAUUUUACUAUUUAAAAUACCUGCUUUCUAUUGUAAUAUAUUUUAAAAUUUUAAUUCAUUCCUGUGAUCAUAGCUGAAUUUUCAGCAUCAUUACUCCAAUCAUCAGUGUCACAUGAUCCUCCAGAAAUCAUUCUUAUUCGCUGAUUUUAUUAUUAUUAUAAAUUUUUACAAAAUGUAAAAAGAUUUUGAUGAAUAGAAAGAUACAAAGAACAGCAUUUAUCUGCGAAAAUGUUUUUGUAAGAUUAUACAAUAUACCAUUCAAAAGCUUGGAAUUUAUAUUAUUUAUUUAUUCAAAAAAUUAUAGAAAUUAAUACUUUUAUUGAGCAAGAAUGCUUUAAAUUGUUCAAAAGUGAUGAUAAAGACAUUUAUAAUGUUAUAAAAUAAUUAUAUUUCAGAUAAAUGCUGGUCUUCUGAACUUUUCAUUUCCAUUCCUCUCAGCUGUUUUCAACAUAUUAAUAAUAAAAGUUUAUUAUUUUUUUGAGUCGCAAAUAAGAAUAUUAAAAUGAUUUCUGAAGGAUCACGUGACUGGAAUAAUGACUCAGCUUUGAAAUCACAAAAAAUCUGCAUAAUAAAUUAAAUUUUACAAUAAAUUCAAAUAGAAGAGUUAUUUUAAACCGUGUUUUUGCUGUACUUUGGAUCAAAGAAAUGCAGGCUUGGUGAGCAGAAGAGAAUUCUGUACUUCUGAUGGGAAGUGUAAAAUGUUUUAGGAAGUUAAUAGGAAACACUGAUUACUUGAGUCAGAACUACCCUAGUCUCACUUAUGGCAGUUUUCAUUGUCCAAGUCCCGCCCAUGAGGCCGUUUGACCGACAUGUCAAACAACCAAUCACAGUUUUUUUCGUUCAUCGACACGUUUCGAUACAUGGAAAUGUCACCACAAAAACAGACCAGUGUGUAAAACUCUCUAUAUUUCAAUACUUUUGAAAAUCCAGCGUUAAGCUGAUCCUGAUAAGAGCUCGUCAUCACAGUUGUAAACACGAUGGCUUUCUUCUUUUGUGAGGGGUUUUGGCAUGUCAUCUUUGUUUCCAUUUGGAACGUUAAAGAAUGCGACACACGCGUCUCGCGGAAAACCUGUAGAAUUCAACCAAUCCGAUGACGACUUCGACACUCCUGAAGUGUUUCCACUUUUGUUUCCUAUAUGCAUCAGACAUUUAGCCAACGGUCCGUGAGACUAGGACUACCCAUAUUAUAGACUGGUGUGUUUUGGUAUCAAAAUACUGGUGUGUUUGAUGUCCAACGUGCACAAAAAAGUAAAUGAAAAAUUGGUUAAAAAUUGGAAAAAGGUGAAUCGAUUUUUAAUCAAAUCAUGACCCCAAAAAUCGAUAUGAAUCGAUUCGUGAGGAACCAAAAGAUUCCCACCCUUAAUUCAUAUAUAGUACCUUAAGAAUACUUAGAUGAAUUUAUUUUAGACAUUUAUUACCAGGCAAUUUUAGAAUAAUACAAAAGUCCAAAAUCUUUGAAACAAAUGAAUAGAAAAGCCAAGAAAAAUUUGUUUAAAAAUUAAAAUGAGAAGAUUUUCGAGUCACAAAAUAUUUUCACUUCUUCAUAAUUCUGUCUUGGACAUCAUUUCCUGUUUGCAGCUCUGCUAUUGGCUGGCGAUCAGCGGUUUGAUGGUGAGCAUGAUGGGCUUCUCGGGCAGCAGGAUGAGCUCAAACGUGCUCCUGACCUCCACCUGCCUCUGCUUCUCAAACCUGAAGUUCUCCAGCAUCUAUACAGAUCACAAAAUAACAAUAUAAAGAAAAUCCAUGCAACGUUACUUUGCCAGUAUAGAGGAUGUGACACCCCUCCCUUUAGACAUCCACAUACAUGAAUAAGGAAGAGCUGCAUCUCGGUCUCGGCGAUCCUGCGGCCCAGACACUGGCGUGGGCCGAAGCCGAAGCUCAGGCUCCUGAAGUAGUGGCUCUGGGACCGGACCCAGCGAGAGGGACGGUACUGCUCCGGGUGCGGGAAGAUCCGGUGAUCCCGACCCAUAGCGUAGAGACCCAGCUGAACUAAGGUCUGAUCCACACAGACAGAAGAACCCAUGAAAACAGGUACACAGACAGUUGUAUUUUCUCAGUACAGUAUCCUCUAAAUCAAACUCACCCCAGCUGGAAUGUGAUAAUUUUGAAGGACGAUGUCUUCAGUGAUGUAUCUUUGUAGACUCACUGCUACAGGAUGUAACCUUCAAAAGAGAGUUGAUGGGUACUUUUGGCCUUGUAAAGGCCACUGUAAAGUCUCUUACAAUGUCCUUUUUUAAUAUACUAGUUUAUUUAAUCUAAAGUAGUGUUUCUGUAUCCUAAACACAUGCAGUUGUAUGAUAUUUCAGGCUUUUGAAAUGAUCUUAAGGAUGCUCUCCAGUCUGACACGGUUUGUGUCAUUAGUAACUAAACUAGUGACUAAUUGUCACUUUAGAAGUCUUCAUAUGAAGUCAAUGAAGAUUAUUUGAGUACAUUUUACAAGUAAAUAAUGUUUCACUCUUUCUACGUCAACAUUUAACAUUUAAUUCAACAUGUUACUUGGCAUUUCCUGUAAUUAUUUGUGAAAUUUACAAGAAGUUUCUGAGUGAAAAUUGUUUCUGCACUCGUCUUUUUCCCCAGUUAGUUUAGGGUUAGGGUUAGGAUUCUUUGAUAAACAGAAAAUUCUGAAGAACAGCAUUUAUUUUAAUAGAAAUGCAUUUACAUUUGUAUUUAAUGUGUUAUUUCUGAAUGUAAGUGUUAAUUUAUAUGAACACUUAUACUAACCCUAACCCUAACCCUAACUCCAGACUUUUAAACAGUAUAGAGUUUAUAAUAAAAAGUUUUCUUAAGAAAACAGAAGAAUGUUGGCGCACCUAAGCUACCAAAAUAUAAAAAUUUAAUAACACCUAUGUAAUAGUGUUAUUAAUUCUUUUUGGGAUCCUAUUUAUUUUUUCUGUUUUCAAUAUAUUUUUCUGUUUUCAAUAUAUUUUUCGAGGACCCUGUUUGAGAGUUUUUGCAGUGAUAUGCGUGCUUUUAUUUUGAUUUUGUUUUUACUUUAACUUAGAAGAAAAUGACAAAUGUUCAAAUGUGUUUUAAUAAAAAUCAGUACCCAUAGUUGAACAGAAA